UUCUUCCCUCUGGCGCCAGAUUUCGAGUCCAUUCUCUCCCACACUAUCAAAGUUUUUUAUGACUUUGAUGUUGGCAAUCUGGUGGCCUUCCCAUCUUUGGCCGACUUGCGAGUGAAUCUCACUGACAAAGAGGAUUUUCGGCUAGGGAUGUGGUGCUUUACCCGCAAUCCCUACAUGUAUUUAGACAACUUUGACGUACUUGUCACGUCCGGAUCAGUAUCAGUGCAGCUGGAAUAUAUGGAUGGAACGCCAAUACCGUAA